GGAGAAACCGCGGCUGGGCUGGGCUCUCCCGAGCUCCCCGCCUGCCGGGGUCCUCUUUGCUUCCGCUUCCGGCUCUCAGUCACCGGCACGGGCGCCCGAAAGUCCAAGCUGGCGGUGGCGCCGGAGCCCCAGUCCAGAUUGAACUAUGGAAUUUUCGAGCAAGAGCUGGAAGGUGCCGCAGAGGAGACAAGAGAGCCAGAGAGAGGCGGUGAUUUUCCCAAGCCCCUCUCCAGAAAUGGAAGGCCAGAUUCCUUAUGAUGAUUACCCGGUGGUCUUCCUGCCACCCUAUGAGAAUCCCCCAGCCUGGAUUCCUCCUCAUGAGAGGGUCUACCACCCAGACUACAACAAUGAAUUGACCCAGUUCCUGCCUCGGACCAUCACACUGAAGAAGCCCCCAGGAGCCCAGUUGGGAUUUAACAUCCGUGGGGGAAAGGCCUCCCAGCUGGGGAUCUUUAUAUCCAAGGUGAUUCCUGACUCAGAUGCCCAUCGGGCAGGACUACAGGAAGGAGACCAGGUCCUCGCUGUGAAUGAAGUGGAUUUCCAAGAUAUUGAGCACAGCAAGGCUGUGGAGAUCCUGAAGACAGCCCGAGAGAUCAGCAUGCGAGUCCGCUUCUUCCCCUACAAUUACCGUCGCCAAAAGGAGAGGACUGUGCACUAGCCGCUGCACCUUUCCCCUGCUUGUAGAACCCACCUGGAAUACCUGGCUGGCUUAGGAAGCACUGAACCAGACCUGAGCCUGCGCUGCCCCAGACUACACUGCACUUUUCCUCAUUUUCUGGGGGGGCUGCAGGCCUGGGAAAGGCAAGGAACAUUUCCAGGGGGGAUCCCCUUCCUUUUUCUGGGCCAGUGUUGAUUUGAGACAGGGAGGCUAAUGGAAACCUCAUCUUCCCCCCUAGCUAAAUAAAAGGAAAA